UCUAGAUCGUGCAGAAUUUGACGCAUUUGGAAUUUGACUGUUACAAUGGCACGUACCAAGCAGACCGCUCGCAAAUCGACUGGAGGAAAGGCGCCUCGGAAACAGCUGGCCACUAAAGCUGCAAGAAAAAGUGCCCCAGCCACCGGUGGCGUGAAGAAGCCCCAUCGUUACAGGCCUGGCACUGUGGCUCUCCGUGAAAUCCGUCGGUAUCAGAAAAGUACGGAGUUAUUGAUCCGUAAAUUGCCAUUCCAACGACUUGUUCGUGAAAUCGCUCAAGACUUUAAGACGGAUCUUCGCUUCCAAAGUUCUGCUGUAAUGGCUCUUCAAGAAGCCAGCGAGGCAUAUCUUGUCGGUCUUUUCGAAGAUACGAACUUGUGCGCUAUUCAUGCCAAGCGAGUUACCAUCAUGCCUAAAGACAUCCAACUGGCACGUCGUAUCCGUGGCGAGCGAGCUUAAUUAAGCGUUACGUAUAUAAAAGAAAUUAUUUAA